AUGCCGCUGGGGAUCAUUCUCGCAGAGGGUCCAUAUCCAGAUUGUUUGCACGUUGAAGGUGUUGGCAGUAUUGCACUUUCUCCGACAGGAUGGACAGACCGCAAGUUGACUCUGGACUGGUUCAAGAAAGUCUUUGUUCCACAUGCCUGCGCCGCAUGUGACCCAGCCUAUCCUAUCGUCCUGACACUGGAUGGCCAUGACUCUCAUGAGACUACCCUGAUGAAGGUUGUGGCAUACCAGAACGAAAUCAUCCUCUUUGGUUUCCCAUCCAAGAUGACCAACAAAACUCAGCCCUUAGAUGUUGCUGUGUUUUCAUCUGUCCAGUGCCAAUGGUACUCGCAUUGCCAGAAAUGUCUAGCAGAAGGCAUCAAAAUGAGUCGUUACAAUGUGGUCAAAGAAUAUAUGACUGUUCGGAAAGUAAUUAUGCCAUCCCUAGUCAGGAUGAGUUUCGUGAAGACUGACAUAUACCCAUUCAAUCCUGAUGUCUUUUCCGAGGAGGACUACGCACCUAGCAGGGCCUCGUCAUCAACAGCACAUGUCCCAUCUUCGUAUCCAAUGGAUAUACCAACAUCUCCCAUUGCUGCAUCCUCUGACUUCGAGUCCAAUGAUGAUUAUUAUCCAUCAUCAGACAAGGAUGAGGGUGAUGAGGAUCAGUCACACGUCCUGCCCGAGUGCACGGAAGAUGUCGAAUGCACAAAAGAUGUCGAGUGCAUGGAGGAUGUUGAGUGCACGGAGGAUGUCGAGUGCGUGGAGGAUGUCGAGUGCGCAGAGGAUGUCAACUGCACAGAGGAUGUCAACUGCACAGAGGAUGUCGAGUGCACGGAGAAUGUCAAGUGCGCGGAGAAUGUCGAGUGCACGGAGGAUGUUGAGUGCGCGGAGGAUGUUGAGUGCACGGAGGAUGUCAGAGACGGGGACUCUUUGUCACCAUUCAAUUUCCCGGAGGCCGCACCAAUCAACUCUCUCUUUCCCGAAAUGACUGCAUACCACACCCAUUCUACUUCAGAGAUGAGCAUUGCUCUCUCUGAGGCAGGCCGUCUAGUGUCGGUGACCCGAGAUGAACAUUUGCAAAAGCAAGAAGCACUGACAGAGCUUCGCAUGCUUCGUUACCAGAAUUCAAUGCUGAUGGAUGCAAUUGCUGAACGAGAUGCAAAUCUGGAGGCAGUGAAUGCACACUGUACUGUGCUACGCCGGGAGGUGCAGGAUGUCAGAACCCAGCUGGUGAACGUGAUGGCAAAGAAGAUGCGAGGCACGACAAAGAUCAAAGCUCGCUUCAUCACACAUCCCGACCUCUGUGAUCAUUUUGAAGUUGAACAGGCCAUGGAGGAAGCAAGGAACAUAGAGAAUGCAGCAAAGGCAGCCCAGAAAGCCGCAGAUGAAGCGACGCUUAAUAAACAUAUUAUCAAAGAAACGAAUUCCAGGAUAUUCGAGAAUUCGUUUGCCAGCUAUUGCAAGCACAAAUCUGAUCUGAUUAUCCUUGCUGGCGCACUCAAUCUAUCUACGGACAGUACAGUGGCCGAUCUUACAGGUCGAAUCAAGGAGCAUUUGGACAAAAACCCGCAGUUAGCCCAAGAUGCACGCUUUGUUGGUCUAUUCAGCAGUGGUAGACGUCGCCCAAACACUGCUGGUUCCACGAUGGGCACUGGCCCGACAACUGCUGUGCAAUCAUCAGGUUCAACACCAGGCUCAUCGUCCUCAAUCUUGGCCAGUGCUUGGCCGCCAAACACAUUUGGCUUGGGACUGGCAUGGACCGACCCAUUGCCGCCACCGUUCUGGUCCUAG